AUCUUAAACGCAACCUAGUAGAUUUGUCAAAACUCAACUACCAACGACUCACUGUUCUCAUUUCAUCGACACACUUCCCUUCUAGAUAUAGCCACGUUCUACCAUAAAUUCCUAUUCUUAUAUUAGAAAAAAACGUUUCAUUUUCAAACUUGCCUAACUAGUCAUUUAUAUAGAGUCCCCACAUCUAAGUUCUGUUGAUAAUCGCUUUUUAGCAUUACAAAUGACUUUUACAAGUGUUCUAGCUCUUUUUGCUUUUCUUGUUCUUCAACCUCUUAUCGUUAGAAGUGACUUGCUUUCUCCUUUGCUUUCCCCUCUCUUUGAUGAUGUGUGCAAAGAAGUGGAGUGUGGGAAAGGAACAUGCAAAGCUUCUAACAAUAGUGUUAUUCCUUUUGAAUGUGAGUGUGAUCAUGGUUGGAAGAAAGCUUUUGAUUCCAAUGAUCAUGGUGGCUUGAAGUUUCUUCCUUGCAUCAUUCCUAAUUGUACAUUGGACUACUCUUGCUCCAAAGCUCCGGCACCUGCUCCGGAAAAAGCAAGAAAAGCCAAUGAGUCGAUAUUUGAUGCUUGUCAUUGGGUUGAUUGUGGAGGCGGCUCGUGUAAGAAGACAUCCGCGUUCAACUAUACUUGCGAAUGUGAAGCAAGCUAUAAAAAUCUCCUCAAUGUCACUACUUUUCCUUGCUUCAGAGAAUGUGCUCUUGGCAUGGGUUGCUCUGACCUUGGAAUAUCAGUGACAAAUUCGUCGUCAUCUUCUUCUCCGCCCCCAGCAUUGAAUGAGGAUAGUAAGGCUAGCUCAACUCUACAAGGAAGAUUCAUUUGGCUGGUCUUGAUUAUGGUCAUGGCAAAGUUACAGUUGCAAUAGGGCAGUUUUUAGGCAAAGUUACAGUUGCAAUAGGGCAGUUUCUAGAUGAUUGUAGAAGCUUGUCAUUUUAUGGCAUUGGUUAGGGACUAUUAUUCAUAUAUAGUGUCUAGUCACACCACGAGUUUAGUUAUUAUAUUACAUCUACUACAAAGGAAAUAUUGGGUAUGAUGUAUUUUUUUCCUAGCAAUUCUUCUUCAUUCGCUUUUGUACAAUAAUCAUGUAGAAUAUUUAUGAUUGAGAGUGUUGCAAAUUUUUGUGAUUUCAAAUUAAUGAUUAUGUAUAAUAUUUAUGAUUGAGAGUGUUGCAAAUUUUUGUGAUUUCAAAUGUCGUGACGUUUUGUUUAAUUUAUGAAGGUUUUAAGAUGUAAUAACAACACUAAUAUGUAACACACUUUGAUUCAAAACUUGAAAGGACGCAACCAUUAGGCCAGGCACGUGUAACACACUUUGGUUAUCAAUCCAAGGGCAAGAAACUUUAAGAUGUGCUACCA